AUGGCCCUCCUCCAAGCUCGGGUCAAGAGCGUCCUGUCAGGCGACACCUUGAUCAUCACCAAUGCAAAAGGAGCCGAACGAACCUUGUCUCUGGCCUACAUCAGUGCCCCGAGAUUGAAAAGAGAAGGUGACGAGCCCUUUGCCUUUCAGUCCCGCGAAUUCGUCCGCGAGCUGGUCCUCGGCAAGGUCAUUCAAUUCCAAGUCCUCUAUGCCAUUCCCACCACCAAACGUGAAUAUGGCCGAGUCAGACUCCCCAACGGCGCCGAGCUGCCCGAUCUCCUUGUCCAAGAAGGCUGGGCCAAAGUGCGAGAAGAUGCUGGGAAGAAAGAGGACGACGAAGAUGCCUUGGCAUACCUUGACAAGCUGAGAUCGUUGGAGGCCGACGCCAAAUCUCAAGGCAAAGGUCUUUGGGCCAAGGGUGGUCAGAUCGAGAACUCGUCCGAGGUCUCCGACCCCAAUGCCUUGGUUGAUCAAUACAAGGGCAAGAAAAUCGAAGCUAUCAUAGAGAGGGUUUUGACAGGAGACCGCUUGAUUGCUCGUCUCUUGCUCACCCCUAGCAAACACAUUCAAACCAUGCUUGUCCUGGCUGGAAUACGAACUCCUGCGACCAAGAGAACUACGCCGGAAGGGAAAGAGGUCCCUGCUGAGCCCUAUGGCACCGAGGCACACGCCUUCGUGGACGAGAGGUUACAUCAGCGCAAAUGCUCCGUCGAACUCCUGGGAGUGACGCCGCAAAAUCAACUCAUUGCAAAUGUCCUGCACCCCAAAGGAAAUAUUGCCAUGUUUCUCCUUGAGGCUGGGCUGGCUCGCUCCAACGACCAACACGUCACCUUGCUGGGCAAUCAGAUGGCCCAGUUUAGAAACGCCGAGAACGCAGCAAAGAAUGCCAGAAAGGGCGUUUUCACCGGCGUUUCAGCAUCCAAAGCCGCCGGAGUGCAGGAGGCGGACUUCACGGUCUCCAGGAUUCUCAAUGCCGAGACGGUCUUCCUUCGAACCCGAUCUGGCGACGAACGCAAAGUGACCCUGUCCAGCAUCCGUCAACCCAAACCUUCAGAUCCGAAACAAUCUGCGUUCGGCGCCGAGGCAAAGGAGUUCCUCAGGAAGCGAUUGAUCGGAAAGCACGUCAAGGUGAGCAUCGACGGCAAGAAGCCAGCUUCAGAAGGGUUCGAAGAACGCGAGGUGGCCACUGUGACUGUGGGUGGAAAGAAUGUCGCUUUGACCCUGGUAGAGGCUGGUUAUGCGUCUGUCAUUCGGCAUCGAAGAGACGACGACGAUCGCUCGCCCGACUACGAUGCGCUGCUUCUAGCUGAGGAAUCGGCUCAGAAAGAGGGUAAAGGCAUGUGGUCGGACAAACCCCCUGCAGCCAAGCACUAUCAGGACUAUUCCGAAAGCUUACAAAAGGCCAAGAUGGAGGCAUCAGUGCUGCAAAGACAGAAAAAGGUUCCAGCUGUGGUCGACUUCGUUAGGACUGGUUCUCGAUUCGUGGUUCUUGUUCCUCGCGAGAAUGCAAAAUUGACUUUUGUUCUUUCUGGAAUCCGGACGCCGAAGCCUGCCCGUCAGCCUGGCGACACCGCCGAGCCCUUUGGACAGGAAGCCUACGACUUUGCCAACAGAAGAUGUAUGCAGCGUGAUGUGGAGAUCGACGUGGAGGACACCGACAAAGUUGGCGGGUUCAUCGGCACCAUGUAUGUUGGCCGCGAAAACUUUGCACGAGCUCUAUUAGAGGAAGGGCUUGCAGAAGUUCAUGCAUACUCGGCCGAAAAAAGCGGACAUGCAAAUGAGCUGUUUGCGGCCGAGAAGAAGGCAAAGGAGGCCAGGAAGGGCAUUUGGCACGACUGGGACCCGAGCAAGGACGCCAACGAAGACGAAGCUGAACCUGCUUCAAAUGGCACCAACGGCACCAACGGAGAGGCAGCUCAGUCGACUUCAAGAAGAAAGGACUAUCGCGAUGUGAUGGUGACACACGUUGACGAGACUGGAAAACUCAAGGUUCAACAAAUCGGUGCUGGCACCGCAAGCCUGACUGAGCUCAUGAAUGCCUUCAAGUCCUUCCAUUUGAAUAAGGCAAACGACCAACCACUGCCCGGGCCACCCAAGGUUGGAGACAUCGUUGCUGCCAAGUUUACUGUGGACGACCAGUGGUACCGAGCGAGAGUAAGGAGAGUCGACCGUGACGGGAAGAAAGUGGAUUUGAUCUACCUUGACUAUGGCAACUCGGAAACCGUUCCCUGGACCCGAUUGCGACCGUUGACUCAACCACAAUUCUCCACCCAGAAGCUCAAGCCGCAGGCGACUGAUGCCGUCCUGUCCUUCCUGCAACUUCCAACUGCUGAGCAGUAUCUCCGAGACACCGUGGAUUUCAUUGCAGAGCAGACGGACGGCCGCGAGCUGGUUGCGAAUGUGGAUUACAUCGCUCCGGAAGGAACGCUGCACAUUUCUCUGCUCGACCCGAAGGCGUCCAACAAAAUCGAUGAAAGCAUCAAUGCAGAGGUCAUUCGCGAAGGACUGGCCAUGGUCCCAGUCAAGCUGAAGGCGUGGGAAAGGCAGUCUGCAGACACAUUGGCGAGGUUCCGAGAGCUCCAGGAGGAAGCAAAGAAGGAACGAAGGGGUAUGUGGGAGUAUGGAGACCUGACGGAAGACUAG